AUGGCUUUUGCGAACGAAAAAUCACGCCAGACAAAAGAGGAGUUCCUGGACUGGUUGACCGAGACCAAAAAGUGGCCCGAUGUGGCACAAAAGGCCGAGGAGUUUGAGUGGGACGAGUUGCUUUCCUUUGACAAGGGGAUACGGAAAGAGAAAUUUGGAGCAAUGAAAGCUCGA